AUGGAGCGGUGUAUGCUUCGCGAAAGAGACUAUUAUGACUUUCGAAAACUAUCCAAAGAUAAUUUAUUGUUAUUCUAUAUAUUACUGAUUGCACUGAUCUUUAUUACUUUGUUCCUGUGCGGCUUUUUGUUCAAUUCUACUCAUUAUGACUAUAAUGAACGCGCCUCGAACUCGAAUAUACCUAAAUACAUCGGUAACUUGAGAAUAAAGACAGAUUUGUUAUAUAAACCGUUGAUAAAAAGAUUAAUAUUUAUGGUGAUCGAUGGGCUAAGAUGGGACUUUAUUGCGGGUCCUAUAGGAAAAACCGCCAUGCCGUUGACGAGUGAUAUACUGACAAACGAUCAUGGAUGCUUGAUACAAGCUAAAUUGCAAGCACCAACAGUGACGAUGCCUAGAAUAAAAGCCAUGAUGACUGGUACAGUGCCAAACUUUGUAGAUGUAAUAUUGAACUUUGGGAGUAAACCUCUGCACAGGGACAAUUUGUUGUCUCAAGCGAAGGCACAUGGAUAUAAAUUAAUAUUUUAUGGAGACGAAACUUGGCUCUCUCUAUUUCCCAAUAUAUUUGAUCGUCACGAUGGUACUACUUCAUUUUUUGUUACAGAUUUUACAGAGGUAGAUAAUAAUGUGACUCGACAUAUACAAGACGAGUUGAGUAAUGAUGAUUGGGAUGUGAUGAUUCUUCAUUACCUCGGACUAGAUCACAUUGGUCACGUCGAAGGUCCGUUUGGUCCGUCAGUUAAACCUAAAUUACAAGAAAUGGAUAAAAUUGUCGUUCAAAUAGCUCAAAAAGUUCAGGAUUGGAACAGUGAUGGAGAACCCACACUUUUCAUCGUUUGCGGCGAUCAUGGGAUAAAAGACUCUGGCGGCCACGGCGGCUCAACGCCGGAAGAAACAACAGUGCCGAUUAUUACAGUAGGAGGAACUAUCUGUGUAUAUGAAGACACUGAAUUAAGAAUUCCGAUUGAGGUUCAGCAACUCGAUAUUGCGGUGACAUUAUCGGCCGCCCUCGGACUACCCAUUCCUUCUACAAGUCUUGGCUCUGUAUUUCUGGACUAUAUCUACAAUCUCCAAGACGAUAAGCGGCUCUUCCUCCUCAAUUACAACUCGAGACAAUUGUUUGAUCAUUUCCAGAAAUUCACCAAUGAAACUGAGUAUAUAUACCAGAAAUAUUUGAACAUCACGGAUCUGCAUCUUGAUUGGUUCAACUCAAAUGAGACACAGCGUGAUCGAUACGAUAUUGAGAAUAUUGCCUUGUCUUAUCACGCGAUUCUUGAUGCAAUGAAGGAAGAGCUUGUAACUAGCCAUUUAGUCAUAUAUGACUUUAGUCUGAUAGUUGUUGUCUUGUUCAUCAUGUGGCAAAUGGUUUUUAUUGCGUUUCAUGUGGAAACUACAAUUUGGACUACGCGUAAAAACACAGUAUUUUUUUUUUUGAUGGGAUUUUCUCUGUGCUUAGGAUUGUAUCUUUAUACUUUUGGAAACAUAACUUCUCUCUGUCCGAGUAUCAAAGCUCUAUUGUUUCUACUAAUCAUCGGCGUUUCAUAUAUUAACUAUAAUCUGAAUUUAAAUAACAAGAGAAAUAUUACGCUGGAAAUAUCGAUAUACAGAAUGUUGGAAAUUAUCACGGUGAUGCAUAUAAUAAGCUUCUGCGGUAGCAGUUACAUCGAGGAAGAACAUCAGACAUGGUACUUUUUCUGGUCUACUUUAAUCGCAUACUUUGCCUAUAAAUAUUUUACGAAACUACUUGAAUUGAUACAUUAUCGAAAUACAGUAUAUAACAGUAAUAUAGUAGGAUCAACCGAAUAUUACGUAGAACACUGUGUUAUGUUGUUAUUGCUAUUUUUGGGACACAUAUUUCUGCGAAAGCUAAACAGCACAGGCAACAAGUGGGCCCACCUGCCUGACAUAGCUCAGUGGUUGAAGGAGGACGAUAGUAAAAUCGGCAUGACACUCCUACUUUUAACUGCAUUUGCUCUUCUGAUCCGGAUUGCUUAUAAAAUUGAAGAAAAAGAAUAUAAGCAGCAAUCGUUGUUUCAGAAUAUAGCUAUCGCCGUAUGUAUAUAUCUUCGCCAUAUGUCCAACGGUGCCGUCGUGAAAAUUCCAUUGUAUUCCUCAAGUGGAAUAUAUGAAGUACAAAUAUUUUGGGGAAUAAUAGUGAUAUCUCUGAUAAACUACGGAUACCGAUUGAUAAAAAAAAUUAAGCAUGAUACGUAUAAUUUUAUGAGUAUAAUGGUGUUCUUUAUCAUAAAUAUGUGGGUGAGGAUCUCGGCGAUGUUGCAUCAACCGUACAAUGUGAUCCUGUUACCGAUGCAGAUCAUUGUAAGCUCAAUAAUUAACACUGUAUUGAGAGAAAACGAUUCGCUCGAUCGUGGAGUUUUCUUACAUUAUUGGUUGGGCAAUGUAUUUUAUUUCUAUCAGGGAAACUCCAAUAGCCUUGGGAGUGUGAACAUCGCGGCAGGAUAUGUCGGUCUACAAUCUUACAUGCCUUUUGUUACCGCUGUGUAUUUAAUCAUUAAUACUUAUUCCGCGCCUGUCCUAGCUUACUUCCUACUCAUUUACCAUUGGGAAAUGAGUGAGAUAUAUCUCUCCACAAUCCUUAAGAAGAUUAUACAUACAAACAAGUGUUACAUCGCGUGGAGGCUCCUGACGACAACUGUCUACAUGUACUUUAUCAUCUUCCAGCUUAAUCAUUUGUUUGUGUUGUCGGUAUAUUUACCGAAAUUGUUAUAUGAGGUGACAUAUACUAUGACGAUGUGUUGCAGCGCAUUGUUAACGGUGAUUGUAAUUGCAGUGCAACAUGCAUUGAUUCGUUUUGACGAUGUGCACAGAUGUCAUAUUUGCGGGAAUCUAAAAAAUGGACAUGCGUUUGUACAAUACUCAGAUAACCAGGCCUGAUUUAGCAUAUUAAACAAACUAAUGUACUGCACGAGUUUUUAUGAAGUUGCGGCAAUUGCUACAUCUUACGUGCAAACUGAGUUAGCAACAUAAGGGACAAAUAGACAUCAUCAGUUUAUAAAAUUUCAAGAACAAACGUUGAGAAUUAAUAAUGCGUCGUGUUGAUGGCAAAAUGACGGCACGCGAUGAGCUAGCAUUUCGUAUAUAGUAUCAUGCUGACAACAUAAUGGCAAAUUGAUGGCACAUAUAUUUUGCAUACCAUUAUGAUGCUAUCAAUUUGUUAUUAUCAAAUUUAGAAUUCACAUAAGGGCAAUAUUUCACACAUAAUGAGAAAGCAUCUUGUCCCUAGUUUGUCAAUAUCUAUUGCAAUGACUGACAGUAACAUGCCGGCACUUUGAACUCAUUUGACUAUCAGGGU